GUAGUCACUCCUGUUUGCUCAGGAGGCGGUAACUUCCUCCAAACGUUUCCUGCGAUUCCAACGCUCCUAAAGUUGAGUGAAGUUUAGUUCGUUCGUAGUUUGUUUUUGUUUUUUUUUGUUGGUGUUUCUCUUGUUUGGUUUGUCUUUCCGUUCUGCCUGUUUUCUGUCUUAUUUUAAUAUAAACCCCGGUCCUUUCUUCGACACCUGGUCCGCCGCUGCUCGCUCCACUCUCAGGGAGGAUUCCUGGAUUUCCUCGGCGGACAUGGACUGGGGAACCGAUCUGUGGGACCAGUAUGAUGUCAUCGACAAACACACCCAGUCAGGCCUGGACUUGGUGGAGCGCUACAUCAAGUUUGUGAAGGAGCGGACGGAGAUAGAGCAGAGCUACGCCAAGCAGCUCAGGAGUCUGUCAAAGAAGUACGCCAAAAGAGGGAGCAGAGAGGAGCAGGACUGCAGGUUCAGUAACCACAGCUCCUUCCAGGAGAUCCUGAAUGAACUGAAUGAUUACGCCGGACAGCGGGAGCUCAUCGCCGAGAACAUGAUGACCAGCAUCUGUGUGGAGCUCACCAAGUACCUGCAGGAGCUGAAACAGGAACGGANCCAGCACCUGUCAGACGCCAAGAAGGCCCAGCAGAACCUGGAGAGCAGCUUCAAACAUCUAGAAAGUACCAAGAAGCGUUUCGCCAAGGAGUGGGCCGAGGCCGAUAAAGCCACGCAACAGGCGGAAAAAAUCGAAAACGACGUGAACGCCACCAAGCUGGACGUGGAAAAGGCCAGACAGCACUCCCACGCCCGCGUGCACACAGCGGAGGAGUGCAGGAACAGCUACGCAGCCGAGCUGCAGAAAUACAACAAGGAGCAGAACUACUUUUACUACACGGAGACGCCGCAGCUCUUCAACAAACUGCAGGACAUGGAGGAGCGCAGGAUCCGGCAGCUGGCAGCAGGAUACUGCCAGUUCUCAGACGUAGAAAAGAAGGUGCUGCCCAUCAUCUGCAAGUGUUUGGACGGAAUAUCUGCAGCAGGAACGAAAAUCAAUGAGAAACAGGACUCCAUGCUGUUUAUAGAGCAGCACAAGUCGGGUUUCCAGCGACCUGGAGACGUGGACUUUGAAGACUACAGCCAGGGAAUUAAACCCGCAACUUCUGAUUCCAGCCUCCACCCACCUAAAGCCCGUACCAAGCUCUGGCCUUUCAGCAAGAAGAACAAGCCGACAGCUGCAGAAGAUUUUUCUCACCUUCCUCCGGAGCAGAGGAAGAAAAGGCUGCAGGGGAAAAUCGAGGAGAUCUCCAAGGAGCUGCAGAAGUCACAGGAUGAAAGUGAGGCGCUGGAGAAGAUGAAGGGAGUGUACGAGCAGGACUCCCAGUUAGGAGACCCGGCCAGUCUGGAGCCGCAGAUCACAGAGACCGCCCAGAACAUCGGCCGCCUGAAGGGGGAGCUAGCCAAAUACGAGUCGUGGCUGUCAGAGGCCGUGGGGGGGGAGGAAACCUCCAACACCAUCAACAACAACAACAGUCAACACAGUAUCUCCAGUGGAGCUGCUAACCCGACCCAGAACAUCUACACAGACUUUGAUGAUGACUUUGAGGAUGUAGAGACUCCUAUUGGCCAGUGCACGGCGCUGUACACCUUUGAAGGCAACAGCGAGGGCACCAUCUCCAUCACAGAGGGAGAGCUGCUGAGUGUGAUGGAGGAAGACAAAGGAGACGGAUGGAUGAGAGUUCUCAAAGCCGGUGGAGAGGAGGGAUAUAUACCGUCCUCCUACGUCAAACACUCCUCAUAAACACACACACACACACACACACACACACUGUUUGUACAGAAUCCCAUCAUAUGAUUCGUGGAGGCAGGCUGCAGGAGAACACACACUCCCUGUCUGUGGUCAGUGCAGCAGCAGGCUCUGGUCACAGACGGCCUCUCUGCUCCUUCAGACCAAACUCUUGAAUGUUUCUCUGAACUUUGGACGUCUCAACAGUAGGUGGCGACUUUUCCAACAUAUUCUUCAUCUGGGUAGCCUCACUCUUUUCUAUUUUUCAUCAGCGUCUCCGCCCACUUCAUUCACCUGCUGAGCCUCAGCUGCAGUACCAGCCUCCACCACCGACAUGAAAAUGUGAUUUUAUAUCUGUGUUUUAACUGGAUGGAAACCACUACGAUAUGGAACGUGCACUUCAUACAUGAUCUGUCAGUUGACUGUCAGUGGUUGAUGUUUGAAUCUUUUAAUAUUUAACUCAUUAACUCACCCAUUUUACAUUAGACUGGUUAUAGAUUGUUUUUUCUUGAAUUAUGGGGGGGGGGUGUUUAUGUUGGAGGGAGUGGACUGUGUUUGACCUGCCGUCUCAUCAAGGAUGAGGUUUCUGUGAUAGAAGAGUCAGACUUUAACACUUUUGUUCUGAAUUCAUCCCGUGCUUCGUGCUGCAGGUGGAGACGAGGGUGGAGCUGUGUUGAAGUGUCUGUGAUGAUGUUUGACUCCACAGGUUCAACCUGUUCCUCUGUUGGUUCACAGUAAACCACGUACAAAUCACA